AUGAAGCAUUUUCACCAGUUGCUCGCCGCCGGAGCGGGCUUGUCUUCGGUCGCGCACGCCGUUAACACUCUCGUCGAUGUGGGCUACGCAAAGUACCAAGGUGCCGUCGUUGACUCCGAGCUCGAAGUAUCUGCCUGGAAAGGUAUCCAGUAUGCAGCGCCACCUACUGGCGAGCGACGCUUCGCAGCACCGCAGGACCCUAUCGUCUCCGGUCUCAUCAACGCCACUAGACACGGUGCAACAUGUCCACCCAGCCGUCCAGAUGACUGGACCGUAUCUGGAACCAACGACCGCUUCACCAUUGCGGAAGACUGUCUUUACCUGAGCGUGUAUGCGCCUUCCAAAGCCCGUAAGGACUCUAAGCUGCCGGUUGUGGUAUUCUUCCAGGGAGGUGGCUUCUCGUCGCAGUCGAGUGCAAACUGGGAUCCUACAGACAUCGUAGCAGAGGGCCAGGUCGUAUUCGUUCAGUUCAGCUACCGCGUAGGCUUGUACGGUUUUCUCAGCAGCGAAGCGGUGAAAGCAGGAGGCGGUGACGUUAAUGCUGGACUACGCGACCAGAUCAAGCUGCUCGAGUGGGUGAAGGAGCACAUCGAUCAGUUUGGUGGCGACCCAAAUCACGUUGUCCUUGAUGGUGUCAGCGCUGGUGGGUCUUCUGUUGCGCUCAUGCUGGCAGCAAACACAGGCAAGGAGCUGUUUGCUGGCGGCAUUAUGGAGUCGGGCGGCUGGGUCACUAUGCGCACUCCGGAGCUGGGCGAGGAGCAAUAUCAGUGCCUGCUUGAAGACAAGGGUUGCGCCAAUGCGACGGACGGUCUCUCCUGCCUCCGUGCACUCAACGAGUCGGCCAUCCGCUCUUCCAACUGCUGGUUCAACCCCAACAUCGACGGCGAUCUGUACACCGACUCGCUCGUGAACCUCUUCGACCAAGGCAAGUACGCCAAGGUACCCACAAUCAUGGGUACCUGCGCUCAAGAGGGCACAAAGUACAACGCACCGGAGGAUCUUAACACAAUAGCCGAUGCAGUCAAAUGGGUAGCGAACCAGGACCCAAGUCUGAGCAACUCUUCCAUCUCCAUCAUCGACGAUCUUUACAUGAAGCCCACCAAACCCUCUUUCCCCGGCAAGGGACUCUACUGGCGCCACGCCGCCGACGCUAUCGGCGACAUCGGAACCCACUGCCCAACACGCAACAUCCAGAACGCGAUCGCACGCGACGGCGUACCAACAUACAACUAUAAAUACGCCGUGCAAGACCCAGCCGACGAGGCAGUCGGCUACGGCGCCUGGCACACUGUCAACGCAUACGCUUUCUGGGGCGUAAACCGCACUGACGGCGGCGAGCCCCCAAGCUACUUCACCACCAACGCACCCAUCAUCUCUCAGGUGCGUAGCUACUGGAUCAGUUUCAUCCGCAAUUUGGACCCCAACACUGACCGCGCCAACCGUGCUGUUGAGUGGAAGCCGUAUACUGGUGCGGACUCGCGUGAGAGGCUCUUCAUACAGACCAACAACACGAAGAUGGAGCGUAUGAGUCCUGCACAGGCGGUUAGGUGCGAUGUUGUUAGACCGAUGACUGAUAACCUUGGGAAGCCGGUUGCGAAGGGUGUGGUCACUGAGUUCAAUGUGGAGUUGGCGAAGAAGGUCAAUGAGACGAGUGAGAGUACUGCGUGGAAGAAGGGGAAGAAGCAGCCCAGGGAUUUUGCGCUGCACUACUGA